AUUGUUAUGGGAUUAUUGUUUGGAAUAGGAUAUGUUUUGAUCAUCUUCGAGGAGUCUUUGUCUUUCAAUAAAAGCGGUAUAGCACUUUUGAUGGCUGUGAGUUUGUGGGUUGUGCGAAGCAUAGGGGCUUCUCUAGAAGUUGUGGUUUUAGAGCUUCAAAACGCAACAAGUGAAGUUAGUCAAAUAGUGUUCUAUUUGCUCGGUGCAAUGACCAUUGUUGAGAUAAUUGAUGCUCAUCAAGGAUUCAAGCUAGUUACAGAUCGUCUAACAUCUAGGAAACCGAAGAUACUUUUAUGGAUGAUUGGUUUUGCUACCUUUUUCCUUAGCUCGGUUCUUGACAACCUAACAACUACUAUUGUUAUGGUUUCUCUACUGAGAAGAUUGGUUCCUCCAUCUGAAUACCGCAAACUUUUAGGAGCAGUUGUGGUUAUAGCAGCAAAUGCAGGAGGAGCUUGGACUCCUAUUGGUGAUGUUACUACAACUAUGCUAUGGAUACAUGGUCAUAUAUCAACAUUUUCGACUAUAAAGAACCUCUUUUUACCUUCAUCGGUUUCUCUCGUUGUUCCACUGGGUUUCAUGUCUUUGACCAGUGAGGUAAAUGAAAUGGAACUAAAGACUCCUCCUACUCCAUUAUUAGAUUAUUAUGAUCAGAUUGCUCCAAGAGGAAAACUUGUAUUUGGAGUUGGUCUUGGAGCUUUGCUUUUUGUCCCACUGUUUAGGUCAUUAACCGGAUUGCCUCCUUACAUGGGCAUCUUGUUGGGUCUUGGAGUUAUUUGGAUUUUGACAGAUGUGAUCCAUUACGAUGACUUAGAGAGACAACACCUCAAACUUCCACAUGCUUUGUCUCGGAUUGAUUCACAAGGAGCUUUCUUUUUCCUAGGAAUUUUGUUAUCUAUGAGCAGUCUUGAAGCGGUUGGGAUUCUCAGAGAGAUAGCAAACUAUCUUAAUGCACAUAUAUCUAGUGUUGAAUUGAUUGCCAGUAUUAUUGGUGUGGUAUCAGCCAUCAUAGAUAAUGUCCCAUUGGUUGCAGCAACUAUGGGGAUGUAUAGUCUAUCAGCCUUCCCUCAAGAUUCUGAGUUUUGGCAGCUCAUUUCAUUUUGCGCUGGAACGGGAGGUUCCAUGCUUAUUACUGGAUCUGCUGCUGGAGUAGCCUUCAUGGGUAUGGAGAAAGUUGAUUUCUUUUGGUACUUCCGUAAGGUGACUGUUUAUGCUUUUGUUGGUUUUGGUUCUGGUAUCGCGACUUACCUGGCGGUUCGUAGUCUGUCUCUUUAA